GAGAGAAGAGAUUGAGACCAAGGCCAAAUACACAUUCUACCGAUAGUGCUGCGGCCUCAUCUCCCUUUUCAUCGCGGCCUCGGUAAAGAUCAAAUCUCCCUUUUCAUCGGUGUCAAAGGAGUUGUGCAGACGAAUCACUGUGCCAAUUACCUUCGCUUUUUCAGGGCCUUUUCACUUGAACAACCUUACCCAUGACCGCCGCUUCGCCUUCUUCUCUCUCUUUUGGGCUUUUCUCUCUCUCCAUUGAUCUCAAAGGCGACGUCGGUUUAACGCCUGGCAAGUUAAGUUUUGGGAGUCCCAAGGUGCGUUUCGGGCUCAAGAAGACAACACUUGAAACAAUAACAUUUAAAGUGAAUUGUUCGAUAGAGAAAGAGAUGGAUUUGAGCACUUCACCUUUGGCCGAGUGCUUAAAUGAGAUGGAGCUCAAAGAGCCAAGUAUGUCAACGGUGCUGAUGAAUUUCGACAACAAGUUUGAUCCUUACCAUGCAAUGAACACCCCACUUUACCAAACAGCUACUUUUAAGCAGCCUUCCGCUACAGAAAAUGGUCCUUAUGAUUAUACUAGAAGCGGGAAUCCUACAAGAGAUGCGUUAGAAAGCAUUUUGGCAAGGCUUGAUAAAGCAGAUAGAGCACUUUGUUUUACUAGUGGAAUGGCUGCUUUGGCUGCUGUUGCUCAUCUUGUAGGAACAGGAGAGGAGAUUGUUGCUGGAGAUGACCUGUAUGGGGGUACUGACCGAUUGUUAUCCCAAGUUAUUCCAAAAACUGGAAUUGUGGUGAAACGAGUCAACACAAGUGAUUUAGAUGAGGUUGCAUCUGCUAUUGGCCCCUGGACGAAGCUUGUGUGGCUGGAGAGUCCCACCAAUCCUCGGCAAAUAGUUUCUGAUAUUCGGAAAAUAGCAGAGAUGGCUCAUGCACAUGAUGCUAUAUUGCUGGUGGAUAACAGUAUAAUGUCCCCUGUAUUGUCACAGCCACUGGAUCUAGGAGCAGACAUCGUUAUGCACUCGGCUACAAAGUUUAUUGCUGGACAUAGUGAUGUCAUGGCAGGUGUUCUGGCUAUUAGAGGAGAAAGAUUGGCAGAACAGUUGUAUUUCUUACAAAAUGCAGAAGGCUCUGGGUUAGCUCCAUUUGACUGUUGGAUUUGUUUACGAGGAGUUAAAACAAUGGCCUUACGUGUUGAAAAGCAACAGGACAAUGCUCAAAAGAUUGCAGAGUUUCUCGCUUCCCAUCCACGAGUUAAGAAAGUUAACUAUGCAGGGAUUCCUGAUCAUCCUGGCCGUGCCUUGCAUUAUUCUCAGGCAAAGGGUGCAGGAUCUGUAUUGAGCUUUCUGACAGGUUCACUGGCAUUAUCAAAGCAUAUUGUUGAGACCACCAAAUACUUCAGUGUAACUGUCAGUUUUGGCAGCGUGAAGUCCCUCAUAAGUCUCCCUUGCUUCAUGUCACAUGCAAGCAUACCAUCUGCCGUGCGUGAUUCCAGAGGUCUAACUGAAGAUCUUGUUCGUAUUUCUGUGGGGAUUGAGGAUGUGAAUGAUCUCAUUGCUGAUUUGGACCAUGCCCUUCAAACUGGCCCUCUUACUCAAACAAAUUCAUCUAUUUUUGACGGGUUUUGAUAGAGUUUCAAUAUUCUCAUUCGUAAUGCUACAGAGAUAUAAUUUCUCUAUGCCUGAUGACUGAUAAUGAAGUACAAGUGUACAGUACUACAAUUCAAAAGAUUACAGACAUUGCUGUCUAA